AUGUCAUCAAUUCCGCUUUUUUUGAAAGUGAAGAGACAAAUUGAUUCUCAGUAUUACAAUGAUUAUCCAUGUUUUGAUGUAAUUAAUGAUAAUUCAAUAGAAUUUAAUGAUACUAAAUAUGAUUUUGAGUAUAUUUAUAAUUCAAAUGAUAAUAAUUAUCACAACCUAAUUGAACUGUCAAAUAAUUCAUGUAUAGUAUUAAUGGGUCCUACAAAUUCAGGUAAAACCACAAUGUUAAAACAAUUGAUUAAUUUAAAAUUAAAAAAAUUAAAUGAAUUAGAAUCACCAGUAUUUAUAUCAAGUUUUGAAAUUUCAAAUAAUAAAUAUUUUACUGAUUUAUUAGAUAUAACAGAUGGUAAUGAAUCUAAAAAAAUUCCAUUUUCAUACAUCACCAAUUUUGAAAAUAAAUUAAAAAGAACAAAACCAAGUCAAGAUUUAAUUAGAAAUAUUUUUAAACAAAGAUUAAGUAAACAAACAGAGUUUAAUGAAAAUUCAUCAAGAUCAUGUUUAAUAAUGACUUUCUUUUAUAAUAAUUACAAAACAACAUUUGUUGAUUUAAUGGGGAAUGAAAAAAACUCAUCCUCAAAUUUAAGUUCAAAUAUUUUUGCAAAUUCAAAUAUAUCAUCAAUAACUCAAACAAUGAUAUUAAAUAAAUCAAAAACAAGUGAAUUAAAAAGAUCUCAUAAUUUAAUUACAAAUUAUAUUUUUAAAAAUAAAGAUUUAAAAAUUAUUUUAAAUUUAGAUCCAUUUGGUGAUUUAUCUUUAAUAAAAUCAAAUUUAAAUAAUGUUGCUGAUGUUGUUAAAAAUUUUAAAUUACCUACUGAACAAAAUGAAUUGAUUGAAAAACUGACAAAAAGAGUUCCAAGUUAUACAUUACCUACAAUGUCUUCUAGAUGUCAUAGUCCUAAAAAGAUUGUAAGACCAUUAUCAGCUCCACAAGUUACGACUAUUCAACAAAAAACUGUCACUACCCAAAAAAGAAAACCAUUAGAACCAAUCAAUAAAAUUAUGAAACCUACAAUUACUAGAAGUAGAUCACCGAUUAGAAAACCACCAGUUCCUAAAAGAGGUCCAUCAAAAGAACAAUUAAUAAUUCAAAAUUUACAAAAUGAACAACAACAAUUAAAACAAAAAUAUUUAAAAUCGAUCGAUGAUAUUAAAAUGGAAAUCUCAGGUUUUAAAACUGAAAGUUCAAAUUUAGUUGAAGCUUUUUCUGAUUUAAAAGAAAAUUUAAUUAAAUUAGAAAAUGAAAACUUGGAAAAAAAUCAAAUUAUUGAAUCUUUUGAACAGAAAAUUGUUCAGCUUACUCAAGAAUUGGAAACUUCAAAUCAAGAAAUUAAGGAAUUACAAACUUUGAAAUCAAAUAAUGAAGAAAGAAUCAUUGAGUUAAACAUUUUAAAAUCAAACAAUGAAGAACAAAUCAAUGAACUCAAAAGUCGAAAAACAACCAAUGAAGAACAAAUUUCAAAACUUGAAUCAAACAUUUCAAAACUUGAAGAAGAACUCAUGUCUAACAAAGAUAGCUUCUUAAAAUCAAAAGAAGAACAAGAAAUUUUAAAUAAUCAAAUUAACAAAUUUACAGAAGAAUCAAAAAAUUUAACAAAUCGUAUAACUUCAUUAAAUGAAAUAAUUGUAGAAAAUAAACAAAUUUUAAUUAAAAGAAAUGCUCAUAUUGUGGAAUUAGAAGAAAAAAUUGAAUUAUUAAAUAAAAUUGUUGAUGAGAAUAAACAAGUUUUAAAUGAUAGAGAUUCACAAAUUGACAAGUUAAGAAAUGAAGCAAGUGAAAAUGAACAAACCACUUCUAGAAAAAUAACUGACUUAGAAAAUCAAAUUAAAUCCAAUAAGAUUGAAUUUGAAACUUUAACAACUGAAAAAGAAAAUUUUAAAUCUGAAAAAAUUUAUCUUGAAGCUGAAUGUGUUAAUAUGAAAAAUAAUUUAGAUUUACAAAAAACUGAAAAAUUAAAAUUAAUUUCGGAAAUUGAAACCUACAAGAAUAACAUUACAAAUAAAGAUACAUUGAUUACCGAUAAAGACAAAAUAAUUAAUGAUUUAAAAAAUUCUGGAAAUAAAAUUGAAGAUCAAAUUCAUAGUAAACAACAAUUGAUUGAAGAUUUGGAAAAGAAAAUAGCUGAUAAAGAUGUUGAAUUAAAAAAUUUAAACAAUUCAUUAACUCAAUUACAAGGGAAAUUGAAUAAGGCUAAUGUGACCGCUCAGCAAUUGAACUCUACUAUUGAAACAAGAAAUUCUGAAAUUUUGAAAUUAAGAGAACAAUUCAAUAAAAAUUUGAAUGAUAAAAAAUCUGAGUUUGAAAAAGAUAAACAAACUUGGACUCAAAAAUUGAAUGCAAAGGAAUUGAGUAUAAUACAAAAGACCAAGGAAAUUGAACAAUUGCAAACAUCAUUGAAGAAAGAAUCAAAUUCUGUGAAGUCCUUACAAUUACAAACUACUGAAAAAGAUAAAAUUCAAGAAGAAUUAACAAAACAAACUUCAAUUAAUAAAGAAUUAUCUGAGAAGUAUGCAAAAUUAAAAACUAGAUCAACAACCAAAACUACUAAAAUUACAGAAUUGGAACAAUCAUUGAAAUCAACAAAUGAGAAAAUUUCACAAUUAGAAACAUCUAACUCAGAACUAAUGAAAUCGAAAGAAAAUUUAAAUAAACAAUUAAAACAAACUGAAGAUUCAAAUAAUUCAUCAAUUACAAAUUUAAAAAGAAAAUAUGAUUCAAUAAUUAAUGAAAAAGAUCAAGAAAUUAAGAGAUUGAAAGUUGUUCCAUCAUCUACAGGUAAUUCAAAUCAUAAUGAUCCUUUUAAUUCUAGUAGUAAUCCAUUAUUUAUUAAUAGUUCAUCACCUAAUCGUGGUUCAAAUAAUGUAGGUGGUUUCAAUCCAAAAGAUAUUUUCCAAGAUUCAAUAAUUGAACCGACUAUUAAUUUUAAAACCACCAAAAAUAAUAAGUCAUCUUCGACUUCACCUAAUAAACCAAAAUCUACAAAUAAUAAGAAUUCAAAAUCUAAUACUCCAAAUAAAUUUAAAAAUGUAUUACAACCAAGUAAUCAACAACUUUCAAGUCCAAUCAAGAGUUCUAAGUUAUCAAAUCUUGUCAACAACAACAAUACUAAAUUAAACAACAAUACUAAUAAAAACAAUUCAUCACCUUUAAAAUCAAUUCAAGCUUAA